AAUUUUUGAUGACGUUACAGAACAAACAAUAUGUGAACUUUAUUUCGUUUCUUUAAGAGCAUCUGUAAGGUGGUUCAGAUUGAUUCACAAUUCAAUUGUAUGUUCAGAAUCUGGAUCUGGAAUAACAGCUCUGCAAGCUACUGUCAGGUGUUAGGUUGACUGUGACCUUUUCCCUACUGCCUGCCUGCUGCCUCAUAUGCAUAUCAACAGCAGUGGCCAUUUGAGGCAGGAGGCACACAGUCACUGCCAUUGAUCUGGUCAGCAGCUGACUGGAAGGAGCUUGUUCUGCUGCUGUAAACAACUGGCACAGACAAGCUUGGUAUCAUUUAAAAGCACAUGAUCUACACUGCAUAAAGCUUGUCUUAUAAUCUGAGUAAGCCAGGGUGAUAUAUCAGUGAAGGCAGCCUGGGUGUAGAGAGGACCCUGGACUAUCACUGUCAACAUUUGCACAAAAUGGAGAAAUAAGGCCAUUUCUGAGUCCCUUGCAGUGCCUGGUGGGACCAUACAUUGUAGUUUAUCAAAAACAUCUUAAUAUUCUAAAUGGGGGAGGGUGAUACUACUAAAGCUCCCCCGUCGAACCAGACCACUGAAUCUAGGUCAUUUCACUCAGCUGUAGAAAUUGAUAGGAACGCUGCAUUGUUCUGGUAUCUUCUUAAAGCUACAAUCUGUAGCUUUGUGUUGGUGUAAGGCCUAUCUGUGUGUGAUGUAGUGCUGCUGAGAUAAUAGGGUUUUAAUACUACACCUUCAAAGAAAGCAGGCCAGUCAGCUGAGGUCCCAGCUGCAGGGUUCAGGUAUCUUCUUAAAGCUCAAAUCUGGAGCUUUGCAGUGCUGUAAGGAUUGUUUUUAUAUUGUUUGCCCUGCUGAUUAAUUGGAGUGUUAAUACAACUUCAGAAUCUCUGUGGGCGAGAGUGAGAUCUCUGUAAAUGAAUCCUGGGUGCUGAGGGGUAGAAGACAUAAGGCCAUUUUUGAGUCCUUUGCAGUACCUGGUGGGACCAUACAUUGUAGUUUAUUAAACAUGUCGUAAUAAUUUGAGUUAUAUAUCAUUGAAGGUAGCCUGGGUAUGGAGGCGACCCUGGACUGACUGUCAUCAUUCGCACAGUGUGGAGAAAUAAGGUCAUUUCUGAGAGUCUUGCAGUGCCUGGUGGGACCAUAUGUUACUUUAUCAAAGUGUAGUAACAUUAAUUAAUAAUAAUAUAAUAAUAAAAGUAGUAAACGUAAUAGUAAAUAUUGAGUUGUGCUGGAAGCUUGGGAAUCCUUAUGUGUGGACAACACCCUAGUGAAAAAAUGUUGGCCUGGACAAUUAGUAGGUGGGUGGAGUUAUUUGGCUGAACCAGGUACAUACAGUUGGUCAAUUCAAUUCAGGUGGGUGGGGCUUAGAUCGGCUGAUUCAGAUAAAUACAGAAGGAAUUGUGAGGGACCAUUUUGCUUUUGGACCUACUUUGAAUAGGACUCUUUUCUGGCUCUGGACCUCCUUGGAUUAGGACUCUUCUGCUUUGUUAGAAGACAGGAGAGAGAAGGAGUUUUGGAAGAAAUGGAUUCUCGAAUAAAUACGUAAGUCUUGUUUCAUUUUAAAUGUAUUUCUGGGUAAUUGAGUGAGCUUCUUAAUGCCUGCUGUUUGAGAGUAACUAGCCCAAUGUGAAUGCCGUUCAAAAGCCAUGAGUUUACUUUGCUUUACUGCAGAAUUAGUAAAUUGUGGAGUAGUCAUAGUAGUUAGUAGUUAGUAGUUAGUAAUAAUGUAAUAACCGUAAAACUUACAGUAAAGAAUAAGGGGGUUUUUAUGUUGGAAGCUUAGGCAAACAUUUGUGUGGACCACACCUAGUGACAAAAUGGUGGCCCUUUGUGUGGACCACAAUUGAAACAGGCCCAUACAUGCAUGUACAUACAUGUUGUUCUGCCUGCUUUGAUGUAGACAAAACUCUUCUAAAACCAUGAGUCAAGUUUACUUUGCUUUAGUGCAGGCUUAGUAAAUUGUGGAAUAGUAAUAGUAAUUAGUAAUAAUAGUAAAAGUGGUAGUAAAGAAUGAGUUUAGUUUUAUAGUGGCACAUGUGUGUGGACCACACCUAGACAAACAUGUGUGUGACCACACCUAGUGACAAAAUGGUGGCCUUUUGUGUGAACCACAAAUGGCGGGAAAGUUGUUAGGGAUGUCCCAGCGGAAUGUGCUUUUCACUCUUCUAAGGCAGAUAAAUGCUCGUUUGAGCCAUAAAUUGUAGAUUGUCAUUUGCAUUAGGGACAAAUGUCAAACAAAGACAAAAUUAGUUGUUUGGUCAUCCUAAUAAUCUGUGAAUUAUACCUCCUCUCACAGCAAAAAGGAUCGCUGCAUUGUUCACUGCCUUCUGUGCCACAAGGCACAGGACUGCUUGCCCACCCACCUUCUAAGAAACUGCAUGAAAAAUGCUUCACCAGAAGAAAGACAGGCAGAGGUGAAGAGGGCGAAAGAAAGUGUGAAAAAUUGGAAUCGCUACCACCGCAACUGGGACUACAUGGAGUUGUGCAGCCUCAUCCCUGACCAGGUCAGCAGAUGGAACAUGAUCAGAAAUUUGCGGGAAAAGUCUUUUUUUGUGGCUGGUGCGCCCUCUGACCAGGAUAAUGAGGUAGCAACCAGUCGAGAAAGGGCCGCAGCAAUGGCCAUCAGGCCAAUGGAGGUCACUGUUACUAGUAAAAGCAAAAGCACUGGGGCUUCAGACUCAUCUGAUUCCGAUGGUGGGUCAUCUGGGGAUUCAACAUGGCAAGACCCAUCUGCUCCACAGGGGAGGGGAGUACGCAUCAAUAUGCAAAGAUUGGGACUCUACGACAAGUUUCCAGCUGAGACCCCAGUACUCCAACAAUUCAAAACGUAUUUGUCGUCUGAGCUAGAUGUCCCAAACUGCCAACAAGAAGUUGAUAACGUGUCUCGGAUGCUGAGAUACAUGCAGCCGACCGGGAAAGACGUCGACAUGGGCUUCCUUGUGAAAACCACAGAAACCAGAGACUUCAUUCAAGCUCUAUGGAAUGCCGAUCUGAAGCCUGCCACUAUUUUAAACUAUAUCAAACAUAUGAUCCGCUUUGUUUCCUUCCUUCACAUCCGGGAAUUCGGGAACAAGGACUUCAAAUAUGACUGUGCAGGGUACAUCCAGUUUUUGAGCACCAUCAAGAAGUCAGUGGCAGAGUCCCACAGCAGGACCGUGUGUUCAACAAGGAAUAACUGUUACAUUCAAGGCCAAAAGACACUGAGCGACUGUCAGGCCAUUCUGCGGAUGUCCAAGGAGGACAUGCUUGGCCUGUUUGCUAGGUACAAGGAAGGACAGAUUGUAGCGGCAGAUGAGAACACAUUGUUUCGUUACUACUGCGAGGCCAUCCUUGUCUUUGAACAUUUUCAGAAGCCAGGUGUCGUUGAGGGCAUAACUGUCAGCGAAUGGCUGGACAAAAAACAUGUGAAUGGAAGAGUGUGUUUUGGCAUCAGUGAGCACAAAACCCAAUUACUUACAGUUGCAAUGAACGCGGAGGAUGCUGCUAUGCUGGAUGCCUAUUUUGAGCAUGUACGCCCAUCUUGCUUAAAGGAAGAUGUUGAUGACAAGGGGAAAUUUUUCAUUAGCUCAACUGGACGACCGAUUUCCAGUGUCUCAAAUGACCUGUCCCGCUUUCAUUUCCAUUACAAGCUGCCAAACGUCACCAGCCAGGAGAUCAGGCGAGUGUUAGAAACCUCAGUUUCCACAAUGUUCACUGAGGAACAGAAGAGACAGGUAGCGCGGUAUAUGGCUCGUUCCAAUCAAGUGGCAAAUGAGCACUACCGGAUGAAAACCCUGGAGAAUGCAGUAACCGCUGCCAACUUGCUGGCUGCCAUAGGAGGAGACAGGUCAGUAACUGGAAUCACAAUUCAAAGACUUGUGACUUACAUUUGGGCAUGUUGUCAGAGUGAGCAGAAGACCUUUUCACAGUUCAUAGAAGUGUUUCCUGUGUCGCUUAAUGGACAGCCUCCUGCAAAGGCAGCACGAGUUGAGGCUGGUUUUCCACAAGAUCGUAGUUUCUACGAUAAGUGGAGGGCUGCCCAGUUCAGCCUGCGGGAGUCACACCUUUUAUCACAAUGCUACAGACGGCAACCAACACUGAACAAGGUGGCCAGAAUGCUUGAGAUGGAGGGUUGGACUGCCAAUCAUCCAUCAGCAGAACAGAUUUUGGCAAAAUGGCAGCCACCAAAGAAAACAGAUGUGGAAACAGACACGGACCUGAUGAACAGAAUUGAGCGGCAGAAAUGGUCGGGUCUUGUCAUCAAAAAGUUUGAUGACAAACAAGGAGAGGAAGGUGAAGCCAUCCUAAAGGCCACACCACAAGACACCAUGGUAUACUUAUUUUUCUUCAUGGCCGAUGGGAAGCGCUUAUGCAUAAACGCCCAGCCAAGCCGUUGCAAAUGCCACCCAUCCCUGGAAACUGUGGGACGUAAACUGAACCAUUCGAGGAAGAACCCCAACGUUAAACCUCUUCACUGCAAAAUGCAGUUUAGCAGUGGAGUGAAAGACACCUUGUUGCUGGUGGCAGCCAAAAACAUUGCUGUGGGUGACAAACUCAAAUUUGAUUUUGGGGUGAAUCGGAAGUCCUUUCGUGGGGAAGGACUUGACCUUGAGUGGCUGGAUGAAUAA